GCUGGACGUGAGGGAUUGUUUCGGAUAGACUGCCAUCUUUCCGACCACGGGAUACGGCGCCCCGGCCGCAUCCGCUCCCGCUAAAGGCCCCACGCCCUGGAGUCCGGUGACAUCACAGUGUCAGCGCGUUCCUCGACGGAGCAGGGGCUCGGGGGGCCGUCGCCGGGUAACGGUGAGGUUCGAUGAAAUGCCUCGGGUGGAAGAUGGAGAGUCGACGGGCUCCCCCUUUCCCCGGAAAAUGCCCUUCGGGCCGAGCGGCCCUGGCUCGGAUCUUCUCCGUUCUCUUCCUGCUCUACGGCUCUGGGGAGACGCAAACUCUUCGACUGCCCCGCCGCCCGGGGCUGCCUCCCCUGCGGGCUGGAGACGCGGACCGGUACGAUCGCGGGAGGGGAGGUCGACCUCCCGUUCCUUCUCCCAGGCUGCUUCCGACCGGGGCUCUCCCGGUGGACGCCGGCCCCUCUCCGGACGCGCCGGAACCGGCUUCGGCCAACCGUGCCGCUCGCUUUGAGUUCGUUAAAACUCCCGAAGAUAUUCCGGAAGAGAAACCCCCGAAACCCCCUCCCCGGAAGGAUAUCCUAAAGAUGGGCAUUUGGGCCUGCUUGGUGGUCAUGGGAUUUCUGCUGAUCAUCGUCACAGUUUUCCAGAUACUGACUUUUUGUCAUAUUACCCAGCCGAUGAAAAAUUGCCUAAAGAGACUUCGGAGAAGCGAUAAGUCGCGUUCGGAUUGUAAACGCGAGGCGGGGGGACGGACGGACUCUAACGUGAGCUCGAGCGCGGGAGAGUUCCCCCUGGGAGAAUCCAUCCCGCCCUCCCCCGCCAGCCAGGAGAGCAACGUCUCGUCGGAAGCCCGGUAUUCUCCUAACGGCGCGGGCUCUUGUGAUGAAACCCCCGGGACGAGCCCUCCACCCCGGAGCGUUUCCGACUUCUCCCCCGGAGGCGGCGUCUGCGCGCCGGAACCCGGCGAGGACGGGGACCUGCGGGGGGAGAGCCCGGCCGAUGCAGGCGGCCGGGCGGGAGAAAGCGACUCCCCGCCGUGGAAAAUCGGGCAGGGCAAUUCGGAGUGGGAAAAUUACCAGGACUUCACCCAGGGCCGCUCUCCCUCUUUCGCCGAGGCGGCCGAGUCGGAAGAGCGGCACCGGUGAGCGUUCCGCGCCGCCUGGAAAACGUCAUCGCGCCCGGCGUCUUUCACCUCUUCCUAGAGAAAAUCCCGGAGGGCACCAUCUCGCUAUCUGACCCGAUCGUAGAUACGAUUCCGCUCCCGGCCGUCGGAUCCACCUGUCCCGGGACGCGUGGCCGCCUCUCGGAGGCC